AUGGUGCUCGAUUUCGUGUUUGCUCAUCCUAUCAUCUCGCUCGUCGCCGGCGUUGUGCUCUACUUCGUCGCCAAGAGCGUGCUGUUCUCGUCGAAGCCCGUCAAGCGCUCCAUCCCCAAGGGCAAGUACAACGACAAGAACAAGGAGAAGGAGUUCUAUGACGUUGCUAUCGUAGGCGCCGGUCCCUCCGGUGCCACCAUGGCCUACUACCUCGCCAAGGGCGGAAUCAAGCCUCUCGUUCUUGAGAAGAAGCAGUUCCCUCGCGACAAGUACUGCGGUGAUGCCGUGUGCAAGACUGCCAUCGAGAUCCUCAUGGACAUGGGCCUGUACGAAAAGCUCAUCAAGGAGAACAAGGCUAAAGUGGCCGAUUCUGGCGGUCUUGUCAGCCCCGGAGGCAUUUCGUACAUUGGUCGCUCGCACGAGCAGCUCGGUGAGAUCCCCGCCGCCAUUGCCAUCAAGAGGUGCCAGGAGGUUGGUGCCGACCUGAAGGAGAACUCCCCCGUCGCCGACGCCAAGUUCGACAAGGAGAAGGGUCUGUGGACCGUUAUCCUUGAGGAUGGCGUGACUACCUACCAGGCUCGCACGCUCGUGUGCGCCGACGGUGCCACUUCCAAGCUCGCCAUGCAGCUCGGCGUUGUCAAGGGUGCCCCCAACGGUGCCUGCAGCAGGGCCUUCGUUGAGGGUGGUACUCACAACCUCAAGGCUGAUGGUGUCGUCUUCUACAACACUGGACUUCUUCCCGGCUACGCCGCGCUGUUCAAGCACCCCAACGAUGAGCUGAACUACUGCUGCUACCUUAUUCCCGGCAACCCGCUUGUGACCAACGACGAUUUGGCCUACUGGCACGAGUAUCUGAUCAAGGAGGACCCCAACGUGAGCAAGGCCCUCGGCAACAAGUUCAAGAUUGAGAGGAUGAGGGCUGGUUCCCUCCGUCUUGGUGGUGUGCCCACCUCGUCGGGCGACCACCUCCUCAUCGUCGGUGACGCUGCUGGCAUGAUCGAUCCCCUCACCGGUGAGGGCAUUCACCACGCCAUGGAGGGAGGCAAGAUUGCCGCCGAGUUCAUGCUUGAGGCCAUCGCCGCCGGCAACUUCUCCGCCGAGGCCAUGCAGAUCUACCACGAGCGCUGGAUGGAGCGUUUCGGCAAUGACUUCACCUGGUCGAUGAACAUCUGCCAGUUCCUCUACCGUUUCCCCGUCCUCAUCGAUGCCGCCACCGCUGCCGUCCGCCGGAAGGGCGACAAGUUCCUCGCCAGGUGGGCCGACAUCAUGACCGGUCGUGUGCCCAAGACCGCCCUGCUGAAGCCCGAGUUCGUGAUCGUGAUCACCUUCGAGCUCUUCAUCCUGCUGGCCAAGAAGCUCACUGGCCAGUACAAGGGUGUCAUCUACAACACUGGCGCCCACUCCGUCCAGAAGAAGAAGACCAACUAA